UUAUGCCAAGGAGCCGAAUCUACCCAGCCCUCGGAGGGAUUUCCUCUCCCUGCCCGAGGGGUGUUGGCUUAUAAGCCGCUCCUGGGCAAGCGAGUGGAAGAGGAAAAAGGUGUAUUUAGGGACCAUCCCUCCCGGAGUGCCCUGCACUUCGGGGCAAUCCCCCGACUCCCUACCAGGCCCCGUAAAUCCCUCGCCGCGGGGCUCCUCAUCCCAAAGCAGGGAGCGGCACCCGGCAGAAGAGCAAGGGGUCCUGGGGCUGGCCCGAUUGAGGGCAAGGGGGUUGCGGGACCGGGGCCACACCGGGUGGCCUCUUAAGGUUCGCGCCCCGCCCCGGAGGGCUGCGGGAGGGCUCACGUGGGGGAGAGGCGCCUAUGGGGAGGCGGCGGGAGCCGGGCAGGGCGGUGGGGCCCGCGGGGCUGCCAGCUGUCAAAGAGGCAUCCCGGGCUCCGGGAGAGGGAGCAGCCCGAUGUGUCCCUAAGCUGAGAGAACCCCCUGACUCCGCUCGCCAUGAAUACCGAGGAGCAGUAUUACGCCUCGGCGCAGCUCUACAAGGAGUCGUGCGCGUUUCAAAGAGCUCAGGCGCAGGACUACAACCCCAGUCCCCCCGCCUGCCUGUACAUGGGCAGGCAGCAACAGACUCCUUAUUCCAGCGCCUUAGGGGCUCUCGAGCAAGGCAGCCCGCCAGACAUUUCACCUUACGAGGUGCCCCCCAUCACUGAGGAUGCCGGGGUCUCCCACCUUCAUCACCAUCACCACCACGCUCAUCUUCCUCCUCCCCACCAGGACGCGUUGCCUUUCUCAGACGGGGCGGACACGGGAGCUGUAGAGGAGCCCCGAGUGCAGGUGCCUUUCGCCUGGAUGAAGUCCACCAAAUCUCACGCCUGGAAGGGACAGUGGACCGGGGGGUCCUGUGUAGUUGAACCGGAGGAGAACAAGCGGACGAGGACAGCGUACACACGGGCACAGCUGUUGGAGCUGGAGAAGGAGUUUCUCUUCAACAAGUAUAUCUCCAGGCCGCGGCGGGUGGAGCUGGCUGUCAUGUUGAACUUGACCGAAAGGCACAUCAAGAUCUGGUUCCAGAACAGGCGGAUGAAGUGGAAGAAGGAAGAGGACAAAAAGCGCGGGGCGGGCAACAGCAAUGACCCCGAGCAAGACUGCGUGGUGACCUCCGGAGAGCUCCAGAACAAGGAGGAUCUCCAGCCGUGCCCCGCCGGGAACCUGACCUCGGAGGCCUCCAGGGACCUUCUCGCCCCCAGCCUAGCACCCAGAAGACAGCAGGACUCUCGAUGAGGCGCGGGGAGCCCCACGCCCCGGGACGAGGAAAAGGAUGGAAUCGGGGAAAGAGCCGAGAGGCUGGCACAGGCUUCCCGCCGCCCUGCUGUGCCGUGCCGUGCCGACGCUCUCCUGCCUUCCCCCGGGGAAUCUCUGCCUCCACUCCGACGCUCGCGUCCUCCAAAAACCAAAUGUUCAGCUGUAACAAAAGAGAGGCUCACUGUGGGCCGCAGGGCCGGAGUAGGCCGCAGGGAGCCGCCGAGACGGCGGCGAGCUGUGCCCCGCUCCCCCGAGCAACCCGCACCACAAGGAGCCCUACGGGGCAGCUUCCCCUGGGGAAGGCGGGUUUCGGGUGGCCAUCGAUUGUGUGUGCAACCCUGGGUGCACGGAGCGGUCUGGGAAGCGGAGGAGAAACGAGAGCACGCCGCCUUACCUCGAACGGCUGCCCGGUCGGGGCGCGCGUCCCGCCGUGUCCGUCGGUUCACAAGCGCGGACGCGGAGCAGAGCAUCCCGGACCAUCCAUGGGUUGGCACGCAGCCGUCCCCGUCCCUUCUAGUGGCACCAGGGCGUCGGCUCUACUGAGGACUCCUCGGGACUUUUACUUACUCCUUUGGAAACUGGAAUCUGGUUUCUUUCGUUCUCUUUUGUCUUUGGGAAAGAAAGGGGCGGGGGGUGCGGGGGAAGAAAGAAAAAAAAAAGGAGAGAAAAAGUUUAAAUAUUAAAAAAAAAAAAGCCUUAGUAUCCUGCGGGCAGGAUUUGACUACACCGAUGAUCUGUUCCCAAUGACGGGCAUAGGCAACCAGAUCCUCCUCCGGGCUUCGCCAGCGGCUGUAGGGACUCUGAGCUGCCUGCCCGUGACCGUCUGGGCUCCGCGGGGGGCUCCGCGGUGCGCGAGGCUCCACUCGCCUCCUCGAGGGGCGAGUGCGAGCCCAGAGAUUCAAAACAAAAUUCUCUGGUAAUCUCCGGGAAACGAACAGAGGUAGAUCGGGCUGCGAGCCGAAAGUGGGACGUAUCUGGGGGGCUAGGGCUGGUCCCAGGUACAUUGUCCUUUGCGGAAAAGCUCUUGCCUCUCUUCCAACCCUUCCGCAAGCUCGGAUUCUGCCUUAGAGAGGAGAAACCUCCCUGCAGCACAAGCUCCUGUCCCAGCUGGGCUCCGCGUGGUUUUUCUCUGCAGACGCGACUUUACACGCCAGCAGAGGCUGGGGGCCCUCUGCCUCCCGAGGCACUGCAGAGCACCGAAGACUUUUCCUGGGUGUUAUUUUUGUCCCGUCCUGGCGUGCGGGAAAGGCCAGCUCCUCCGGACUGGAGAGGAGAGAGAGCCAGGCGGGGGCUUCCCUGCGGGGAAACCCUCUGCGGGGGGUUGCGGGGGCCCGCGCCGGCCGCCCCGGGCCAAGCCUUCUGUGCCGUAAGGAACAGCUUCCCCGUCCCGAUAACGACGAGAAUUUCAGCUAAGUGGGGAACAAAUCACAUCCAAACUAUAAACAGAAAACAGCCCUCGUAAGGAAGCAGGAACUGUCCGGUUUUCUGUCAGUCAGAAGGAUCUGCCUCCUCUCUUCGACGGAGAGGUUACUGCCCUGUACCCAGCAGCAGCAGCCCCUCGAACAUCCCUAGGGGACUGUCACAAUCCCUCCCGCGCUGAGGGCCCGGGCCAUGGGAGGAAGAAAAGGGGGAGGAGGAAGACAGCCUGUCACACCCUGACCAGACGAUGAUACCAGUCCCUCGGCUGAAAACGAGGGGGAGAGGAAGUAGCUUGGUACACCUCUUUGGUUUUUUUCCCGUCUUACAUGAGAGUUUUAACAGUAAGGGGGAGACUCGAACUGAAGUUGUAAUUUGUCUGUUGCUUUUCUUUCCUUUGGGGACAUUAAGGUCUGUGUGCAAACAGGAGCAUUUCUGGUAAUUUUUCCUGCAACAUGCCUGAGAAAUUUAUCAUUGGAGACUGUAUAUCCUUAUUCAUCAAAACGCAUUCAAUGAGUGAGAACUUUUACUAAUGAUUAUAUAAGCAAAAUUCGAAUAAAGUUGUUCUGCUUAAGAAGCAAAACACCAUAGUAAUUAAAGUAAUAUUUCUUAAAUUUUUGGGGGACAUGAAACCGUUUUUAAACCUCAGCAUUUCUAAUCACUGAGUGACAUUAAUCUGUCACUUGUAACAUGCAGUGGAACAAUUUCCACAUACCUUUUACAAUGUCUGGCACUGACAGACAAUUGCAAUUUGGGAGCCACUAUAAAAACAGAUCUAGCUGCAGGAAGUAUGUCUCCCACAAAAAAUACCACGAUUUUAUGCUAUGAUUUGUAGAGCACAUUGGCCUGGGUGAGCAGCAUACACUGUGGCUGAAGUGUUGCCUGUCCUUUCGGUAGUAUAGUGCGUUCAGUUUCGAUUUUCUUUGUGCACUCAUGUGAAAACAAAGAACUCACACAAUUUAUUUGAAUCGUUUGUCCACAGUAUCAAGGUAGUAUUUUUACUAGUAGAAGCAGAAUCAGACCUGCAUAGUUUAGUUUUAAUAAAGUAUUUUUUUUCUGAGAGUUGGCAUAGUUUAUGGGUUUAGCACAUACACACACACACAUACACACACACAUAUAUAUAUAUUCACCUUUUUACAACUGCACCAAUGGAACAAUUAACAUUAACUAAAUCAAGACAGCUCUGGAAUCUUGUAGAGCUAAAGAUUCAUGGUAACUUCACCUGACAGAACAGCCAA